UAAAGUUGCCCUCUGCCCUUCACACCUAUUUUGGAUAAAACCUCAAAAAUUCAGAGAGGGGGCUAAAAGGAGAUCUUUCUAGGGUUUCAGACUUUGUAAGGGUUUCCCUUUUCUUCGAUCAUCAUCAAGACGAAGGUCGAAAUAAUAAGAAGCUGGAGGAUUGAACACCUAAUCUCUAGGUUAGUUCCAAAUAAGGAAUUCAGUCAGGAGCAUAAAUCGAUUUUGUUAUACCGAUUUAGUUUUCUUUCUGAUAACAGAAGCAUAAAUCUGAGCUAACAAGGCAACAAAAACAGAUGAAAUAAGUCACCGCUUUGUGAAUUGAAACAUGCAGUUAGUCUUCUCUCGAGUUUAAUGAUCUCUGUGAUCGUGAAAGCCGAGUAUAUGUUGUAACUCAAACAGUAGCUAUUGUAAGUGACUGAAGGUGGUUGCACAUUACUAGAGACCUGCUAGCAUACUUUGUGCGGGUUAUUUAUCAAUGUUUAACAAUAUGGGAACUACAAAUAUGGGGCCCAACAAUCUAGGUACAAGCAAUAUGGGGUCCAGCAAUCUGGGUCCUCAACAUUUAGCAGUUCCGAAUAACAAACUCGUACCAGUUGUUCCUAGUUCAGGUAGUCCAAUGUUACCCUAUUUAACAGUUCCGAAUAGCAUACUGUCACCCAUGACUGUUAAUUCAGGAGGUCCAAGGUGGCAACAUCUUCCAAGCGGCAAAUUAGCACCAAUUUCUCCAAGUAUGGGUAGUCAGGGGUUACAACAUUUUGCAGUCCAAAACAACAAACAGGCACCAAGUUUACCUAAUUCAAGCAACUUGGGACAUGUAUCUGGUUCUAACAAGCGAACUAUACAAAUGAUAUCUGGGACACCAAAUAAGCCAGCGUCACAAAAGUCAUCUGCACCAAACAAACCAAGCAAGCGACCAUCACAUACAGAACCUCCUAAGGCUAGAGCUGAGUCAUUUGAAUCCGUCAGAGCAAAAAUGAGGGAAUCCUUAGCCUCUGCUUUAGCUAUGGUUUCUGAAGAGCAAAACAAAAAUGAAGAAAAGAAAUCACAGGUUGAUGCUCAAACCACUUCUAUUCCAUCCACUGAUGAUUCUCCAAUGUCUACAUCAACAUCUUCCACUGUAGACAUUGCCUCAUGCCAAGUUCCUGAAAAGCCCUCGGAGCCCUUACCUUCACAAAAUCAAGACUGUGCUCAGAAUGUUAGUGCUACACUGAAUCCAUCACAGGGCAUCUUUUCUACUGGAAUCAAGGUCGAUGCUACACCAAUCCCAGAAUGUGAUGCACAAGAAUAUCAAUAUAAGUAUGCUUUGCUUGAUGAUGAUGUUUCAUUCAGCAACAACUUCUUUGUGAAGGAUGAUCUUUUGCAAGGCAAUGGACUAUGCUGGGCAUCAGACCUUGACAUAGAAAUUAUGGAAGAUAGCUCGAGUUAUGAUGCCAAAAGACCCAAACUGGAAGAUGAAGUUGCCGGGAAUAAGAGUGAACCAGCAUCUCCUUGUCCACAAACUCUAGCAACUAAAGUCGAAGCUGAGCUUUUUAAAGCAUUUGGAGGUGUUAACAAGAAAUACAAGGAGAAGGGAAGAUCUCUUCUGUUUAAUCUGAAAGAUCCCAGUAAUCCUGAGCUGAGAGAACGAGUAAUAUCUGGUGAAAUUUCUCCUGAGCGCCUCUGUUCAAUGACUGCGGAGGAGCUUGCUUCAAAGGAAUUGUCAGAGUGGAGGAUUGCAAAAGCAGAAGAGCUUGCACAGAUGGUGGUUUUGCCAGAUUCACAAGUUGACAUUAGACGUUUGGUUCGCAAAACACAUAAAGGGGAGUUUCAAGUGGAGUUCGACCAAGAUGAUGGUCCUUCAGUUGAGAUUGCUGCUGGGGAAAGCUCGCUUUCUCAAUUUCGACCAAGAGCUAAAGAAUUAGAAGCUGAAACUCCGCGGAAAUCAGAUGAGAAUGGAAAAUCUGAAAAAUCUGAAAUCACUUCUAGUGAGAAGGUUAUCUUAGAUGACCAAGGUAGUUUAACUGCUGUUCCAAGUGAUGGAACUGAUCUCUUGCAGGGACUGAUGAUGGAUGAAUUGAAGGACCCAGAAUUUCUUCCUCCUAUAGUUUCUCUUGAUGAGUUCAUGGAGUCCCUUGAUUCUGAGCCGCCUUUUGAGAACUUGCAAAAGGAAGCUGGAACAGUUGAGUCCGUAGGGGAAGGGAAGAAGAGCAUCGAUACCGACUCAAAGGUUGAUUCAUCUGAUCUUACUUCGGUCAACCCUGUAACUGCUGCCUUGGAAAAAGCUGCUGCCGUUGAUAAAGCUCCCGCCGUCGAAAAAGCUCCCGUCGUUAAUAAAGCUGCUGCCCAGGACAAAGCUGACAAAGUGGAACCAGAAUAUAGUAAUGCAGGGACUAAGUUGAAAUCUGGUGAAGUUCUUGUUGAAUCAAAAACUCCUCUUGACAGUGCUGCAGAUAAUAUUGAGCAUGCAUGGGAAGGCAAAUUGCAGUUGAAUAUCUCAUCCAUAGUCACAGUUCAUGGCUCCUUUAUAAGUGGUGAAAAAGCAUCAACUAAAGAAUGGCCAAGCUUCCUUGAUAUAAAAGGCAGAGUUAAGCUUGAUGCAUUCGGAAAGUUUCUCCAAGAGCUGCCUAUGUCUCGAAGUCGAGCACUCAUGGUAGUACAUAUUAGCUGGAAGGAGGACUCCCCUGAGAGUGAGCGUGAAUAUCUUCGCGAGGUGGCUGAUUCAUAUGUUGCUGACGAGCGAGUAGGGUUUGCCGAGCCUGCGCCUGCUGUUGAACUUUACUUGUGUCCACCUCAUGCUAGAACAGUUGAAAUGCUAGGAAAGAAUGUUCCAAAAGACGACGUUGAAAAACUUAAUGCUUUAGAUAAUGGCCUGAUUGGCAUUGUUGUAUGGAGAAAGGUGCAUAUAACUUCCACGAUAUCACCCAACUCUUCAUCACAUCAUAGACACAGCUCUAAAAAACAGAGCCAUGUAAGGAGACGACAAGAAGAAAAGGAAACUAACAGAAUCACUAAACCUACGUCAUCCAUUUUAGGUCCUCCUCCCACCAGAAAAUCUCGAGUACCAUUGCAUGAUGAACCCAUUGAUGAUGUUCCACCAGGUUUUGGCCCAGCAACUGGCAGAGAUGAUGACGACUUGCCGGAAUUUGAAUUUGUUAGUGGUUCAAAUCCCCCAGUUUCUCAGUUUUCAACCUCCAAACCCUCUGUUCCUCCAAGAGCCUCUUUUGCUCCUCCUGGGCAAAUGAGAGAACUGAUACAGAUGUAUGGACAAAAUGAAACUAUAUCUAACAAGGGUGUGAAUUGGCAGCAGGGUCGAAGCGCCAGGGUUGAAGUUAAUAAUCCUUGGAAUGAUGAUGAUGAUAUCCCAGAAUGGCAGCCUCCAGAACAAAGCACACCCCGUCUUCCAGUAUCUUUACCCCCACCCCCACCACUACCAGUGCAGUUAAUGCAUGGGUUUCAGCAACAAACAUUGCCCCAUGUGGCGGUGGCAACACCGCAGCAAUUGCCCCAUGGUCAAUUGAUGGUACAACAACUUGCACAGCAAAACAUGCCUUUCCAAGCUCCAGUGAAUAUGAUUCAUAGCUAUGUAGGAGGCCACCAAAACAUGGCUUCUCCCUGGCAGUCGGGUGGUUGGACCCCUCAGACUGGUUCCAGUGGACUACCCUUAAAUGUCCAGCAGCAGGGUAAUAAUAUGAUGCAACCUUGUAAUAGCAAUAACAACAAUAAUAAUAACAUUAUCAUUAAUGGACAGCCUUUUGAUGGUCAGUUUUAUGGGACAUCUUCUAAUACUGGUAACGGAUUCGGAACCGGUCAGAGACCCCCAGAUAAUGUCUCUCGUAGGCAUUAGGUUUUUUCUUUCUUUCUUCUUUUGGUGUAAAUACCUUCCUCAACUUUCAAGCAUCUUUCUCUGUUCAGAAAGAUGUCAACUUUGUAAUUAUAGAAUUUGAACUGCAUUAGUUCUUUUCUGCUUUGGGAAUUUUGUUCUUUUAAACCAUUA